UCCUUUCGAAAAUGCAGCCGAGGCGUGUCAUCGGAAAAAUCAAAGACAUUGGAAGAAGCACGAGGAGCAAUUCGACUGCGGACGUCUGCCCGGUUGCUGCCGAAAGCGAGAAAAAUUUUAAUGCGAUACGCCCCUUCAAGGACAUUCCGGGACCAAAGGGGCUGCCAUUAGUGGGCAACCUCUUCAGAUUCAUACCCGGAAUAGGCAGAUAUGGGAGCGUACGCUCAAAAACGAUAUUGCAGAUGCUGCGACAAGAUUUUGGUGACAUUGUCAGACUCGAGGAUAUUUGGACUCGGUCACCAACGGUGUAUCUCUUCAAUGUUGAAGAUUGCGAGAAAAUGUAUCGCGUCGAAGGUCCAUUCCCGAGUAGACUCACGAUGGAAACAUUGAAAGUACAUCGCGAAAUGAACGCGAGCAUGUUCAACGGUUACCUUGGACUGGCAUCGAGCCAGGGGGAAGCGUGGCACAAAUUUCGGAGCAACGUCAAUCCGUACAUGAUGCAGCCACAUGCCAUAAUGCCCCACGUAGCUCAGGUGGAUCAAGUUUCCGGUGAAUUCGUUGAAAAAAUGCGCAAACUCCGAGACGCAGAAACUUUGAAGUUGCCCCCAAGUUUCAACAACGAGAUGCAUAAAUGGGCGCUCGAAUCGAUAUGCGCAAUAGCCCUGGACCAUCGGAUGGGCUGCCUGAGCGACGAUCUCAGCCCGGAUUCUGAUCCGCAGAGAAUGAUAAACGCUGUGCACGUAAUGUUCGAUUCGUUUUUCGUCCUCGAAGUCAAACCGUCUUUGUGGAAAUAUUACAAAACGCGGAAGUUGAGAAGGCUCUUUGCUGCACUAGACUCAAUAACUAGCAUUUCAGUGAAGUACGUAGACGCGGCAAAGGAGAGAUUCAAUGCGCGUAACGAGGAAGAAAAAAGAGACAGGGCACGACACAAAAGUAUUCUGGAAAACUCGCUCAACAUCGACGAGGGAACGGGCUACAUAUUAGCACUGGACAUGUUGGCCGGGGGUAUUGAUACGACGAGCAACACGGCCGGUUCGAUGUUGUAUUACAUCGCGUCGAAUCCCCCGGUUCAGGAAAAAUUGAGGGAAGAAGUUUUGAGAGCUUUGCCGGAUAAAAAUUCGCCGGUCACGUACGAAAUACUGAAGAGUAAAAUACCGUAUUUAAAAGCGUGCGUCAAAGAGUCUCUGAGACUUUCACCGAUCGCGUUUGCAAAUCUGAGAACGAUGACGAAAGACGUAGUGAUCGGUGGCUACGAGAUCCCAGCUGGUAUCAACGUCUUGGCUAUUCACGGGCUGCUUUCUCAGGAAUCCGCGCAUUUCCCAAAUCCUGAAGCUUUCCUACCCGAAAGAUGGCUACGUGACAGCAAGGGCGUAGCUUCGGCGAAGGAUACUCACCCGUUUGUCUACAUGCCGUUCGGCUUCGGUGCGCGCACUUGUAUCGGUCGAAGAUUCGCUCAACUUGAGAUCGAAACUCUCGCGUUGAAGGUUUUCAGAAAUUUCAAAGUGGAAUGGAAAGAACCACCCCUUAAGAUUAAAACUCGUUUCAUUAAUACGAUUGACUCGCCCCUGGAGUUCACAUUGAUCGAUUUGUAGAAACCAUUGAAGCUAUUUUCAUGCGUAAUAAUUCAUGACAAACGUCCGCUUUAAGUGAAAUUCAGUUUUCAAAGUUAAUCUUCAAUGUCAAGGUGUCAUUGAGUUUUCUAUGAGUUUUAAGUAAACCGGCUAUCGCUAGAAAAUGACAAUGAAACGAAAAACGAAUGCACAUAAAAAAUGUGCACAAAAAUGCACCGUUUAUCGAUGUAACGAAAUAAUAAAAUUUUAAUAUCUCUGA